CCAUCAGUUUCUUAAAAAUAUAACAAAAAUAAUAUUAACAAUCACCAAAUUAAAAAAAGCAAGGAUAGGAAACAGAGUCCGAUGAGGUGAUGCAGAAUUAAAAAAAAAACCUUGAAAUCAGGGUUGUCGAUCUGUCUCCCUGCCGGAAAAAGUUAAUCUGCUAACUUGAAGAUUCGUUAGCAGAUACUAACUGAUAUCCAAAAUACAUGAACUAGUAUCCAAGUACUAAAGUAUCUAGAGAACACAGACUAGUAUUCAAAGUUUGUUAACUGAUAUCCACCAUGAAUCAACUAUUAUCCCAAAUUCACAAACUAAUAUGUAGACAACACAGAAUAGUAUCCAUACAUCACAUAAUUAAUAAUAAUUGGAAUCAAAAUGAAACCCUAUGAUUUUGCCCAGAACCUCAACAAAAUCCUUACGACCCCCGCCGCUAGGUCAUCAUCCUUGUGAGGCCAAAUCUCAUUUUCCCCCUAUAUCGUAUUUUUCAUCUUUUCGUAGCGGCCGUCGAGACCAGAAGCAAGGACAAGGGAGAGCAGCCUCAUCGAUGGAGACAAAAACCAACCAGAAAGCAAGGAUAGGAAACAGAGUCCGAUGAGGUGAUGCAGAAUUAAAAAAAAAAAACCUUGAAAUCAGGGUUGUCGAUCUGUCUCCCUGCCGGAAAAAGUUAAUCUGCUAACUUGAAGAUUCGUUAGCAGAUACUAACUGAUAUCCAAAAUACAUGAACUAGUAUCCCAAGUACUAAAGUAUCUAGAGAACACAGACUAGUAUUCAAAGUUUGUUAACUGAUAUCCACCAUGAAUCAACUAUUAUCCCAAAUUCACAAACUAAUAUCUAGACAACACAGAAUAGUAUCCAUACAUCACAUAAUUAAUAUCCAGAUAACACAUAAGAGUAUCCAGAUAACACACAAAAGUAUCCAUAUUGAAUAAAAGUUGGUUGAUUGUGGAUAUUAGUUGGUAUCUGCUAUAUGGAUACUAAUUUGUGAUGUUUUGAAUACUAGUCUGUGCUAUCGAGAUACUCAGCAGACUUGGAUAUUAGUUCAUACAUUUUGGAUAUUAGUUAGUAUGUACUAACGAAUCUUCAAGUUAGCAGAAUAACUAGGCUGCUCCCUGCCCCUCUUUCAUCGAUGAAACACUCACCGCUCGUUUCUAUACAAAUACUAGCCUUGUCCGAAUAGCCGUUCGUUUCUUUCCAGAUUCAUCGACGGCAGGAUUUUGAACGAGAGAGCAGAGGGUGACGCCAGCUAGUGUAGAUCCGCUGAGCUGCACCCGACUCAAUGCUCGUUUCUUUACAGACCUGAGCUUUCCCCGACAAAAAAGCUCGUUCCAUUCCCAAUUCGUCGGCGGCGAAAGAUGGAUUUGGUGUGGCGGACUCCGGCGAGGUCAUGGAGGAGGCCGAAGAGCAGAGGAGAGAAGAGAGGGUGGAGGGGAGGGGAGGGGAGGGGGAGUGGGGAGAAGAGGAGGCUAAUGCAUAUCCGAAGUCGGUGGAGAUUUGGGUCGGGAAACUAAGGAAGAUGGCAUUUGUGGCGUUGCUUGACAGAGCUGGUCGGAUGAGAGAGCUCGAGGAUGUUGGGCUUGGAGAGGCAAACCGCACAUCGCCGGAAAAAUGACGGAGGAGACGAAGGUGAAGGAUAAGAGGAGGAAACCAAUGGCUAUUUUUGUUUUCAUUUGUUUUCUAAUUUUUGAACUUUAGAAUAAUAUUUUGAUAAAUCA